GAAGAAUACCAAUCAAUUAUAAAGUUCGUUCAAAACAACAAAGAAACUGACUCGGAUUGGUUUCGCCUCGAGUCGAAUGCAGAUGGGACGAAAUGGUACGAGUUUGAUGUAGAAUUUGACAUUCCGAUUACUUAUCCGGUAACAGCACCUGAGAUAGCAUUGCCCGAACUUGAUGGAAAGACUGCAAAGGUAGGCUCAUUCCUGGAAAAAUGUACAGAGGAGGGAAGAUUUGCCUAUCAGAUCACUUCAAGCCAUUGUGGGCGAGGAAUGUGCCCAAGUUUGGAAUUGCGCAUGCAUUUUCUUUGGGAUUGGGCCCUUGGUUGGCGGUGGAGAUACCCGAUUUGGUUGAGAAAGGGGCAAUCACGGCCAAUUCUUGAAGGUUGCUGUCCUCGUUGUGGUCCAUCAGAAUCGGUUUCCACCGUCUCGGCAAGGCACGAUGGGAGUGUUGAAUACUAA